CCUUCUGCUGUCUUAUAGAGAGUAGAUGCUAUAACAUUAGAAGCAUGGCUUUUCAUCACUAUUUUUAAUGUUUUACUAAAAAUUUCUUAAGCAUUUUUCACAAAGCAAACCUGUUGUUUUUAAGUACAGUGAGUGUAGCUAAUUAUUAUUGAUGCUUUGGAAAAGUUGCUGCAGCCUGAUGACAAGGAGUGACUGGUUCUUUUCACUAGAUUUGUAGACAAUACAUUUUCUUAAUAUUAAAGGCCAGUUCUUGCAUAAUUCAAUUUAUCUCCAUUAGUGUUAGCAAAACUUUGUGUAUGGAGUGAGACCUUAUCCUUUGUCCCUUUGUAACUGGACACUGAGAGUGGGAAUGAAUCUACAAAUCUCAGUGAAUUGUCAUUUAAUUAUAGAAUCAUAGCAUCUAGUUCAGACACUGGCUCAAAACAGGACUAAUUAGAUGAGGUUAUUGAGCAUGGUGUCCAGUUGAGUCUUGAACCCCUCCAAGAAUGAAGAUUCCACAAUCUCUCAGGACAAUCUGUUUCAUUAUUUAACUACCUUUAAAGUAAAUUUUUUUCCAUAGUAUCUAAUCAGUAUUUCCCAUGUUCCAGUAUGUUCUGUGGCCUUUUGUACUUUCACUACACACUUUCCAGAAGAGUCUGGCUCCAUUUUCUCUGUAGUCUCUGCAAAAUUUGCAGGUAACAAAAUGGCCUUUCCAGCCCUCUCUUCUCCAAGGUGAACGAUCUUAUCUCUCAGACUCUCCUUGUACUUCAUGUUCUCCAGCCCCCUUGGCUGCACCUGCUGGUGCAGUCCAGAGGACAAGCCUUGCUAAUAAAAGUGGCCUUUUCUAUGUCUUUUGUCACUAGUCCCCCAUCAUACUGAGCAAUAAGCCCACAUUCAUCUUCUGCUGUCAGUGUUCUUACAGAAACCUUUCAUGUUGUCCUUCAGCUCCAACUGAACUAUGGCUUUCCUGAUUUCAUUCUUAUGUGUGCAAACAAAAUGUUUGUGUUCUUUUCAAAUAGCUGGUCUCAGUUUCUAUCUUCUGCAUGCUUCCUUUCUGUGUUUAGGUUCACUCAGGAGCUCCAUGUUCUCCAUGCUGGCUUUCUGCCACAGUUGCUGAACUGUCUGAACAUUCUAAUGGCAGUUCUUAUGCUCUGAGGCAGCUGCCCUUGAAGAUUAGCCAGCUCUUCUGGGCCUCUGCUCUCCAGGGCAACUUCCCACAGAUCCUGCCAAGCAGGUCUCAUCUGAAGUCUAUGGCUGUAAUUCUGUUCUUUGUCUUGUUGCUUCUCCCAGGAUCUGAAACCUGACAGUCUCAUGCUCCCUGCAGCCAAGGCUGUCCUUGGUCUCUGUAUCAUAUAGAAGUUGUUUGAUUGUGGGUAGCUGCAGCUCCUCAAGGGUAUCAAUCUUCAAAUAAUUCCAUACUUCUAAUAUCUGUAAAAUGGAAGCUGUAUUUUUUCUUUUAUCAGUGUCAACAGAGACAUUCAACUAGGAGACAUUAAAAGUGUUUGGAAAGGAAAACUAUUCUACAAAAGUCACACUGCAGAAAGUUCAGUUCAGGAUAGAAACGUGGCUUGCAUAGUUUGAGCUGAAUCAGUUUAUUUAUCCAGCUGGCUGAUAGAAUACUAUAAAAAAGGCAUCCUGAAACCAAAUAACAGUAAGUCAUAGCAGGGCUUUCAAUUCUUUGUGUUCUUUGGUAGGUGAAGAGUGACUAGAAAAAGAAUACAAGAAGAACUCCAAAGAAAUGGAAAGAAAUUAGAUUGGUGUCGCUCACUGAUAUCAGAAAAUGUAUAGAAGUUUAUGUAACUGAGGGUGUGAGUUAUAUUCAUCAUCAGUUGCCAGAGAUACAAAUAAUGAAAUUAUUAUGCAUGUGACUCCCUGCGGUGACAAGUGUCUCUACCUUUUCUAUUCAUGGAUUGCACAAUUAAGUGACUCAGGUUUUCCAGCAAAGUGCCCCAUGCCUGGGGGCAUUUGCUUGUUACUUGCAAUAUAAUUGAUUAAAUCACCUCCUUGACAAGCCAAGUAGUGCUGGUUAGCUGAAGUACUGGUUAACUGGAUAAGAAAACAGAAGAAAUAGAAAAUAUUGACUGCAAGGACUUAAUACUAUAUAUUUGUACCAGAUAUAUAUACACCGUGGUGUCUGUGUGCAUUUAUAUAUAUGUGUGUCAUAAUAAAAAUACUAUGUUGUUUAUGGUUUCCUGUAUCCUGAGCAAUUUCAGACAGAUGGGACUUGUUUUCCAUCUGUUUUUCAUACCAAUGGCACAUUAAUUUACUUAUUUGACAGUACAAACAUGGCUAUGAAUAUCUGUCCUGUGGGAAUUCUCACUGGGGUUUCCUCCUCGUCUGAAAAACCAGUGCUGAAACCAUCUGCCACAAAGGCAGCAUGCCACCCCAAACUCUGUGUUCUGGCACCUGAGCACCCCCAGCCUACAGUUUAUAUUGUCCUCUGCUUAUCCCUAAAUGAAAUUUAACACAUUUUACCUGGGAGAUCCAAAAUAGCUUGGGAUGUGGUUAUCAGAGGCCACUCCCUGGGUGAUACCACUGAAGGUGAUAGCAAUUGUCUCUCUUCAAGCCCAGAGCUCUUUCCUUUAAAUGAUGGGCUCAUGGCUGCAGAAGGUCUUCCCUGCAACAUCCUCAGCCCUGUGGUCUGCUACAGCAAAGGUCUUGUCUUCAGCCUUCAGAGGAGAGGUCCUGUAAAAAAUGAAGAUGCUGAAGAUUUGCUGUUCCCUCCUCCUCUUAAGUUUGCUUAGUGGACAACUGAGUGCCAGUCCUGGACUCAAAGUGAGGAUCACCCAGAAAGGGCUGGAGUAUGCCAAGGAGGUUGGGCUGGAAAUCCUGAAGCAGAAUAUGGAGAAGGAGCAUUUCCCUGAUUUGACUGGCCAUGAGAAAUUUGGGCUUGGUAAUGUCAAAUACAACAUAUCAAGGAUACAUGUUACUGCUGUUGAAUUACCCAGUGCUUCCAUCUCCCUCCUUCCAGGGUCUGGGAUAAAACUGGUGAUUGGAAACGCUUCUCUAACCAUCGAUAUGAACUGGAACAUAAGGACCUGGAUGUUCAAAGACGGUGGAAGAGGCACAGUGCACAUUUCAAAAGUGUUUGUUACCGCAAUCUUUUCAACGCCCCUGGACAACGCAGGCCCCACUUCAAUAGCCCUCACCAGCUGCCAAACAACUUCUGGAGAUGUAGAUAUCAAGCUGAAUGGGAAAACUGGCUUCCUGCAUAACUUCUUUAUCAAGUAUCUGAAGAAACCCAUUCACAGGAGCUUGGUCACUAAUUCAUGUCCCAAUAUCAGAGCUGGGAUCCAGUUGAUAGAUGGAGACCUGCAAUCACCGAAUGCUGUAAUGCAGAUUGAUGAUUUGGCUGAAAUAGACUACUCCUUAAGUGGCUUGCCAGCAGUAUUCCAGCCAUUCAUUGACCUGGACAUAAAGGGCAUAGUCUUCCCAGCUGGAAACUACACUGACUCUCCCUACGUGGCAGCUUCCUUCACAAUCCCAGACCAAAGGGACUCCAUGCUGUACCUUGCCUUCUCUGAGUAUUUCUUUCAGACCUCCUCAUUUGCUUACUACACUGCAGGGGCCUUCAACAUGACCAUUGGAGAGGAGACUUGCAGCUAUUUUAAUAUAAACACAGAGAUAUUUAGCAGUAUCAUCCCUGAGGUAGCUAAAUAUUCAAUUACACCCUACCCAGUGAUGUUGAAGCUAAUGUCUACUGAAAUCCCUAUCAUCAGCUUACAGCAGGAUUCCUUCACAGUAGAGAUUCAGGGCUCUGUGGAGGUGUUGGCCAUUCUGCCAGACUCAACCACCCGGUCUCUGUUCACACUGAACAUAGCAGCCAACACCAGCAUUUCUCUGAAUAUAUUUGAUCAGAAAAUGGUGGGCUCACUAUGUUUGAACAGGAUCCAGUUCUCCCUAGCCCACUCCAAUGUUGGCACUUUUGAGGUCUUGCUUCUGGAGAACAUUCUAUCUUACAUUUUACAGACUGAAGUAAUUCCAUCAGCUAAUGCUAAACUGUCAAAAGGAUUCCCUCUUCCCAAUCUGGCUAAUGUUACCUUCACAAGACCUCACAUUACAAUUGUACAGGGAUAUGUACUGAUUUCAACUGAUGUCCACUACAAACAUGAAAGGAGAAGAGAGACCACGUGUUAAGCAUGAACUUCAAAUCAAAUCACAUUAUUGACUCUGAAGACUAAACACUGUCCAGUUCUGCUGAAAUGUUUAACUUGAACUCUGACAACCCCCAUCCUGGCUGGGGGCAAGAGGGGGUGCUGGGAAUCAAAAAAAGCUGAUGGAGUGGUGGUGUAAUGGUGGUAACAAGCAGAUCCAAGGGCAAACAUGUAAUGCAUGCUUGACGUUUAUUUAUUCUAUAGUUUAACUGAUGCCAAAAUGUUUUUAAGAUGAAUGACUCUUUUGAAAUACACUUUUGUCCAUA